AUGGUUUCCAAUGAUAUAUUUAGCAAUGUAACUCUGUAUUUUGAAAACACAAAGAAUUUAUGUAAUUCACAGACUUCUCACAAUAUUCAAGCACCUGGUUCUACCAUAAGUUUCAUUGUUAUUGGAGCAGGACUAAUUGGACCACGUCAUGCCGAACACGUUCAAGCCAGAUCUGACUGUAAAUUAAUGGCAAUAGUUGACCAUUCAGCUAAGGGCCCAUCUGUUGCAGAAAAGUAUAAUUGUUUGUUGUUUAAAUCGUUGCAAGAAUUGUUUGAUUACUGCGAAAAAUUUAACCAGACUUUACCUGACGCAGCUAUAAUUGCCACUCCAAAUCACACGCAUCUACAAAUGUCGUUAGAUUUGGCAAGCAAAGGAAUUCACAUAUUAGUUGAAAAACCAUUGGCAUCCAAUGCUACUGACUGCAAGACUUUAAUCAACUAUUGUGAAUAUAAACAAGUGAAGCUUCUUGUGGGACACCAUCGUCGGUUUAAUCCCUACAUAAUCACCACCAAAGAAAAUAUGCCCAGGGUUGGCAAACUAGUAGCCAUUCAAGGCACAUGGACAAUUUGUAAACCACCUUCUUAUUUUCUUGAGAAACCAUGGAGAUCAACUGUUGAAAAGGGAGGCGGGACAUUAUUAAUCAAUUUAAUCCACGAUUUGGAUUUAUUGCAAUAUUUGAUAGGGCCAAUUGAAAAGGUAUAUGCCGAGUUGUUGUGUAAGCAAAGAACCGAUAGAUUUGAUGAUAAUCAAACUCCUGAGCAAGAACUAGUUGAUGAAGGGGCAGCACUUACUUUAAAAUUUGCUAAUGGAUGUUGCGGCACUUUUGUAUGUUCUGAUAAUGUUACUUCCCCAUUCCUGUUUGAAGUAGGGACUGGUGAAAACCCAACGAUUCCAUUCAACAAUGAUGUUGCUGGAUUUUAUCGUAUAUUUGGAUCCCAUGGAACAAUUAGUGUUCCAGACUUGAAGCUUUACCACCAAAAUGACUCAAACUUCGAGUCUAUAAGUGGCAACAUGUUAACUCCAUAUCCUUCACCUGAUUAUAAGAUUGCCCCUAUUCAUCAUAUGCAUAUGGGAAAGAAACCAAAACCAUUUGACUUGCAAUUAGAACAUUUUGUCAACUUGAUUACAGGAAGGGAAACUGAAGUUAAAUGUACAGGAGAAGAUGCGUUAAGGGCGUUGCUUUGUAUUGAAGCAGUUAUGAAAUCUAUUGAAACUGGUAUGCCUCAAUAUGUCGAAAGCAUGGAUUCCAUCCAACCUGAUUACGAUAUGUUGAAUCGAUAUAGUUAA